AUGAAUGCCAAAAAGCCAGUUUAUGAAGAUGAAGAUGAUCCAUAUCUAAUUGAUCCUGCUAAGCUUCCAAAAAUUCGUGAAGGCGAAAUUGUUGACUUGAAUGAAAAGGAAGAAUCUUCAAUGUCCUCAUUUCCUCACUCCCUUCUUUGGCUAGCGAACAAAAAUGCUUUAAUAUAAUUGCUUUUGAUAUAAAAUAUUUUUAUAUAAAAUUAUAAGAUUGAGAUUUCCUACCAAUUCUCUUAAAUUUUAACAACUUAACUUUAUAAAUUAAAUUAGAUUAACAUAUUUUUAAAUCUGAAAAAAUUUAUUUUUAUGCUUUAACCACUUUGCUAGCGAGCAAAAAAUCUUUAUGAGAGAAGUCAGCAACCUUCAAACUCAACUCCUAUCUCUACAACUGAAGAGCCUUUAGCGACAGCUCAGCCACAGAAUAAAUUUAUUUCUUCUUCCCCAGGCCAGCAAGAAGAAACAAAAAGUUCACCUGCUCAGUCAGGAGUAGUUUCUUCAGCACCAAAGCAAACAACAGAGACUAAACCGCAAGACAACAAACAGCAGUCUUCUACAACCCACUAUGAGCAAAAGGGGAAAAUGGAAACUCUUGAUAUACUUGAAAGCGGUGAUAGGAAAGGGAUUAAAAAAGCUACAGGCGAAGACGAAAGAAUGGGAGAACAAACAUGUAGGCAGAAGUGCAGUUUGCUUUAA